UUAUUGUAGUCAAAAAAACUCAAACCCUACAUUUUACUCCCUUGUGUUCUCCGUCUUUUCACUUUCUACUGGAGAGUGGAGACAAAAGCCUCCAUUUUACUCCCUGAUUCCACCUUCAACGUGAAUCUAGCAAGGUUACUUUGUUGGUGUUCAGCCUUUAUCUAAGAUUCUAAGGUACUAUGGAAGCUACUAUGGAUCCAAAAUCAAUGAACAUUGAAGGGGCAGACCCAGAGGUUGAAAUUCUCUCUAAGCCUAAUAGAGAGAAAGGAAAGAAACUUUGUCAUACAUACAAGCCUGCAAGUUCGACCCAAUCAAAUGGUGGGCAAUCCAUCUCUAACCUUAAUUCUGGUGGUUUGAAUGUUGUUGCUGGAGAUGGUUUUAUGGAGGAGUUUGAUUCUUUUUCUGGAGGGGAGUUUACCGGUAUUCCAAAAUCAGAACUUGCAUUAUACUUGGAGGAGCCUAGAGUUCCUCGUGCGAACAAUUUGGAUAUCAUUGACUAUUGGAGAUCUUGUCAGUUGCGCUUCCCUGUCCUUUCUGUUAUGGCUAGAGACCUAUUAUCUAUUCCGAUUUCUACAGUAGCAUCUGAAUCUGCCUUCAGUGUUGGCGGAAAAAUCUUGGACCCUGUUAGAAGCUCUUUGAAGUCAUCUGUUGUGGAAUCAUUAAUAUGUCUAAGAGAUUGGACUUAUGGACAUCAAGCUGAAACGGUUCCAGAACUUGAGGAAUUAUGUGACAACGUAAUGAGCUUGAAGUUGGAUGUUGAUAUAUAUUUCUCCUCCCACUACUACUCCAAGUCCUCUUUCUGCCAGUGGAAGUGAAACCACUGCCUGCUCAGCCCCCGAAAUGUCUAUCAAUAUUGAUUAGGUCUCUGUUAUUUGCAUGAGGAACAAGAAGUGGCUGAUCGUUCGUUGAAGGAUCUUCUAGGAGUCAAUAUUAAUAUUUUGUCUAAAUCCUCAUCUUUUGCCAAAACUUUUAAACAAUUACAUUAUGUGGUUUGUAAUAUUUUGGAGCCCGUGUUUUGAGGCUGUAACUUAUUUGGGCUAGCUUGAACUUUAUAUAGCCAAAUACAUGUUGAUUGUAUUUGUGGUACUAACUUUUAUGAGCAGCGUUGCUUAUGGCCUCAUGGAUUUAAGUAAUAUUGGAAAUUUAUUAGGGUCAUUGUUUGCUUUAAA